AUGAUAACCACCACCACCACCACCACCACCACCACCACCACCACCACCACCACCACCACCACCACCAUCACCAUCAUCAUCAUCAUCAUCAUCAAUUCAGGGCGGGGGGUGGCCGUCAACGUUCAAGCGUCGCCCCCCGACGAGGACGUACAGAGCGACAGCAGCCAUCCUCCAUAUCCCUCCACCCCGGUGACUGCAGCAACACGGCAGAAGGAUGAUCCGAGUGCUCCUCCAAGAUUGUCACGCGAGACUUCGCAAGUACCGUCAAAGGAUUGACCAAGAAAAGACCAGAUGCUGUGAGUUCAUGGGCGAGAUCGAUACAAAUCUGGUCAUGCAAAGGGUGACUGAAGAAGCCCGCCAACAGAGAGUGAUACGCGAAGCAGCACUGGAGAACAAAUCCCGAAAGCUGCCCAAUCCAGCGUCGCCCAGAAACGGCAAACUGAUGCAUAACCUGUCUUCAAAGGGGCUGACGAAGGAUCAGAUGCAGGUUUUACCGCAUGAAGCUCCAUUUAACACGGUUGACGCGAAACCUGUGAACAUGAUUGCAGCAGUGGAAUCAAUCCUUAGUCAGACGGAGGCAACGGAGGAGCAACGGAGACAGCAACUGUCGUCUCUCCUGAUGGCCCACAGGCCGCGGGAAGUGCUUUCCAAGGUCGAACGUGAUGCGCUUACAGAACUCAAGACCGAUAAAGACCUGGUCAUCGUGCCAGCGGACAAAGGGAGCGCCACGGUUGUACUGGACAAGACAGACUACCUUUAAAAAGCCAGAGGUUUACUGGAGGGCCGACAGUUCUACGUCCAGAAGAUGAAGAUGCGAUCUACGUCCCAUGUGCAACAAACCCUGUGAAAGCGCCGACACGCGAAAUUAAUGUUACGUUGUUGGCCUGGGAGAACUCAGGUGCAAUAACACCGACCUACAGACGCAUGGCGAGACCCCAAAUUACGGCUUUGACCCGAUUCUGUGGCCCCCCUAAGGUGCACAAAGACGGCGCUCCUCUCCGACCCAUCGUUUCGCUCAAAGGGACUCCAAAGUACGGACUGACUAAGUGGCUGUUCUGGGGUCUCAAGUUCCUGACCGCUGAGUCAGACACCACGGUCUCUUCGUCAGCACAGUUCAUGGAGAAACUCAAAGGGGUAAGCCUCCAUCCAAAUGAGGUCAUGGUAUCUUUUAAUGUUACAUCCCUCUUUACUUCUAUUCCACAGGACCUGGCGAUCGAGACAAUCGAGCUGCCUCUACAAAGCAAUUACGAUGAAACGGAGAAUCGUCUUGGACACGCCCAAGUUCUUCAACUCCUGAAGCUUUGUCUCAGGACGUACUUCACGUUCGAAGGGACAAUCUACGAACAGGUGAAGGGCACACCAAUGGGUUCGCGGAUUUAG